AUGGCAAAACCUAAAGGAAACCUAGAUGUCAUUGAAGAAAUAUAUCGUCAAAUACCAGCAUUUACUGAUGUAUUCUCAGAAGACACAUUUUAUGUUUUUGUUACGUUUUUUGUGUUGUCUACAAUUUUAGUUGCCUUUGUUUUGUCCAGGUUCAUUACCAUAAAACCUGUAGAAUAGAUUGUAACCUUUAAAUUAAAGUAUAAUGAUUUAUUAAAAAA